AUGAAAGAAAUCAAUCAGGCUUAUGAAGUUUUAAGUAAUCCAGAAAAACGCCAAAAUUAUGACCGCUAUGGCAGUGCGGAAGGCUUUUCGCAAGGUCCUCCCGGAGGCGGAUUUGACCAAGGAGGAGAUUUUUUUAAAGACAUUAUUGACACUUUUUUUGGUGGGGGAGGCGAUUAUUCCCGGCAGAGAACCCAGGCGGGGGAUAGAACCCGACCCCAAGCCGGGAGUGAUAUUUUAAUUAAUAUCACUUUGAGUUUCAAGGAGUCCGUAUUAGGAGUUAAAAAGAAAAUAAGUUUAGAAUUGGAAAGGGCUUGUGGUGCUUGUCAACAAACUGGGGCGGCUUCCCGCAGUGACAUUGUUGAAUGUCCGACCUGCCAAGGUCGAGGGGUAGUCAAUACCAUUCAAAGAACUGUUUUGGGAGCCAUUCGCACCCAAGUUACUUGCUCUCGUUGCCAAGGUGCAGGAAAGGUGAUUAAAAAAAAAUGUCGGGAAUGUGGAGGAAGAAAGUUUUUGACCCAAAAAGAAACCCUUGAACUCAAUAUUCCUCGUGGUAUUCAGCCGGAAAAAAAACUCCGUUAUCAAGGAAUCGGUAAUGAUGAUGCAAUCCUGGGCGGCACCGCCGAAGUAAUCGUGCUUGACCCUGAUGAACCCGAAGGAAUAAAAAUAAAAGAAAUUUCCAUUCCUAGACUAACCCAAACUGGCACUCGUUUAAUUAUUAGUGGAUUAGGCUGCUAUACCGGUAUCAACCACACCACUCGUGGUGAUCUUCACAUUUAUUUACAGGUCAAAUUACCGAAAGAAAUUACUCCUACUGCGGAAAGAAUGCUACGUAACCUCCAACAGGGAUCUAGUUGA